CCAAAAUCCCCUUCCCGCUCCCUCCUCACAUCCCAGCCACAAUGGUCCAAAACACCCUUAUCACAGCUGAAGAUGCUAAAAAUUCAGCAUUUGAUAGCAUUCUACAUGGGACAUCCAAUAAUGCCAAAGGUGGCCUGCGGGCCAUGGUGGGCAAAGAUACCGAUGCCAACUCUGCUGCUAUCAAGCAAUACUUUCAGCAUUGGGAUGAUAAGCGCGCUGAGGACGAAACGGACGAGGUUCGACAAGCUCGUACAGAUGACUAUGCUAGCUUAACUCGACAAUACUACAAUCUGGCUACCGACUUUUACGAGCAUGCCUGGGGAGAGUCGUUCCAUUUUUGCCGGUUCGCGUACGGAGAAUCAUUUUCGAAAGCCGUAGCUCGACAUGAACACUUUUUGGCUAGCAAAAUCGGCAUCAACAAGGACAUGAAAGUUCUCGAUGUCGGUUGUGGUGUCGGUGGCCCGGCUCGCGAGAUUGUCAAGUUUACUGGCUGCCACGUAACCGGGCUCAACAUUAACGAAUACCAAGUAUCUAGAGCCACUAGCUAUGCUAAGAAGGAGAAACUGUCUUCCAAGCUCGAAUUUGUGAAGGCAGACUUUAUGAAUAUUCCUUUCCCUGACAACUCCUUUGACGCCGUUUAUGCAAUUGAAGCCACGGUACAUGCUCCAUCGCUCGAAGGAGUUUACAAAGAAAUUCUACGGGUUCUCAAGCCUGGCGGUGUCUUUGGUGUCUACGAGUGGCUCAUGACAGAUGCAUUCGAUAACGAUAAUCUCCAGCACCGCCAGAUUCGUUUGGACAUUGAGCAAGGCGACGGCAUCGCGCAAAUGUUCAAGAUUUCCGACGGCCUCUCGGCCAUGAAGAAUGCCGGCUUCGAGCUAGAAUACAACGAAGACCUUGCGGAUACCGACGAGGGAGAGUCGCCGUGGUACUGGCCCCUGGGUACCGAUUUACGUCACGCCCAGUCACUAUGGGACGCGCUGACCAUUCUGCGAAUGAACAGAUGGGGUCGCGUUUUUGCUCAUGCAUUCUUCCAGGUCCUGGAAACAGUUAGAGUUCUUCCUGCAGGCACAAAAAAGACGGCGGAGAGCCUUGGCAAAGCGGCCGAUGCGCUUGUCGCAGGCGGCAAGCAGAAACUGUUUACGCCCAUGUAUUUAAUGGUUGGGCGGAAGCCCAGCGCAUAGUAUGGGUUGUGGAUUUAGUUGAUAAUUUUUGAUGAUUAAUAACAGUUAAUUACCCCUUUCUUUUCACUGAC